UGCGCGAGGCACGGCGGGAAGAGAGGCGGGAGGCCGCGCGAGGCAUCCCGGGAGCAAGGGCCGGGCCUGGCUUCGGCGCGGAGCAUUGUGGGAAGUGGACGCCGCUCCGGGGCGGGCGCCCCAGGAUGGAGUCCCCGCCCAGCACGGCAGGCCAGGAGGAGCAGGAGCUGCGGGAGCGGGCCUUCUUCUCGUGGGCUGAGUUCAGCCGCUUCUUCGACGCGUGGUGCCAGCAGCGCCUAGCGCUCUUCUUCGUCAAGAGCUCCAUGCACCUGGCGCGCUGCCGCUGGGCCAGCGCGCCCCCGCUCUACACGCUCAUCGACGUGCUCAAGUACAGCUACGUGCGGCUCGUGUGCAAGGACGUGCGCGCGCCCAGCCGGCCCACCGUGGGGCCCCCCCAGCCCGGCUGCCCGGCCUUCAUCAUCGUCAAGCUGAGCCCGCUGCGGGACCGCCUGGUGGUGACGGAGUGCCAGCUGACCCACUCGCACCCGGCCUGCCCGCUGCAGUUCGCCUACUACUUCCGCCCGGGCCACCUGCUGGCCAACGCCUGCCUGCCCGUGCGCACCACCAACAAGAUCUCCAAGCAGUUCGUGGCGCCGGCCGACGUGCGCCGCCUGCUCUCCUACUGCAAGGGCCGCGACCACGGCGUCCUGGACGCCCUGCACGUGCUCGAGGGGCUCUUCCGCACGGACCCCGAGGCCAAGGUGAAGCUGGUGUUCGUGGAGGACCAGGCGGUGGUGGAGACCGUGUUCUUCCUGACGUCGCGCACCCGGGCGCUGCUGCGGCGCUUCCCGCGGAUGCUCCUGGUGGACCGGCUGCCGGGGCUACAGGGCGCGCUGGACCUGCUGGCCGUGCUGUGCGUGGACGGCGCGGGGCGCGCGCGCCAGGCCGCCUGCUGCGUGGCGCGCCCGGGCACGCCGAGCCUGCUGCGCUUCGCGCUGGCCUCGCUGCUGCAGAGCGCGCCCGACGUCAAGGGCCGCGUGCGCUGCCUGACGGCCGGGCCCGAGGUGGCGGCGCAGCUGCCGGCCGUGCGCCAGCUGCUGCCGGGCGCGCGCGUGCAGAUCUGCCGCGCGCAGGGCCUGGAGACCCUCUUCAGCAAGGCGCAGGAGCUGGGCGGCGCGGGCCGCGAGGACCCGGGCCUGUGGCCGCGCCUGUGCCGCCUGGCCGGCGCCCCGUCGCCCGCCGCCUACGCCGAGGCGCUGGCUGAGCUGCGCGCCCACGGCCCGGCCGCCUUCGUCGACUACUUCGAGCGCAACUGGGCCCCGCGCCGCGACAUGUGGGUGCGCUUCCGAGCCUUCGAGGCGGCCCGGGACCUGGACGCGUGCGCCCUGGUGCGCGGCCACCGCCGGCGCCUGCUGCGCCGCCUGAGCCCCUCGCGUAGCGUGGCGCAGUGCCUCCGCGACCUGGUAGCCAUGCAGUGGGCCGAUGCGGCCGGGGAGGCGGCGCCCGACGGUUCCGACGGCGGGGGGCCUUGGCCGGAGGGCGAGCCGGGGAGGGGAGCCCACGGGGAGAGGGAAAGGAUGAAGGGCCUGGAGAGCGGGGACUGGGCCGGGAGCCGGAAAGAAGGGAGUAUCUGGAGAGGCGCCCAGUUGGAGAAGGAGUGGGCCCGAGGAUUGGAGGCCAGAGACCGGGGAGGCGCUCCGUUAGACAGUGACUUGGGGCGAGGACUGCAGAUUCAAGACUGGAGAGGGUCCCAGUUGGAGAACGAGCACUGUAGAGGGCCAGAGAUCAGAGACUGGAGGGGGGCCCCUUUGGAGGGUGAGAAAGACUGGGGACCAGAAGGUUACGUACUGAGAGGGGCCUGGUUGGAGGACCGUGAGCCGGGCGCAGCUGAAGGGUACAGCUGGCGGAUGGCGCAGCUGGAGGACGGCGGCAUCAGGGUGCUGGAGACCACAGAGCGGAGGGCGCCCCCGUUUGAUUCUGAGAGGGCCAGGAGUCUUGAAGGGAGCACCUGGCGGGGGGCCCAGCUGCACGAAGAGAGGGCACGGGCACCGAAAGCCAGAGACUGGAAGGGACCUCCGCUGGAAGCCGAGAAGGGAAGGGGUCAGGAGGCCAGGAACCGGAAGGGGCGGCAUCUGGAGAAGCCCGGGGAGAUGGUCCCUGAGAAUGGAGCCCCAGGGGAGCCCCAGUGGGGAGAGGAGAGGCAGCGAGGGCCCAAGAUCGGAGAAGAGACGGAAGUGAGGUUGGGGGUCAAAAGACCAAGGGACCUGGAAGACGUCGUUCUGGUGCAGCUGGGGGACACAAGGGUGACAGGCCUGGAGAACGGAGAGGGAGCCCGGUCUGUGGGCCCCAAGGGCAGCGGGGAACAAGGGACGGGGUGUGGGGGCGCAGGAGGGAGGUGUCUAGGGCUGGGGAAUGGGGUGGUGUGGAGCAUCGCCGCGGGCACUGUGUGCGAAGGUGACCCAGAUUGGGCAGGGACGCGCGGGGUGCGCCCGGCCGCUGGCGAGCGCCUGCAGGAAGGGGGUCAGGAAGAAGGCCCACGGGAACCGAAGAGGUCUUGCUGCCCCUCCGCAGAGGAAGAGGUGGACUGGGAGCCCCUGGCCAAGUUCCGAGCGGCCUGCGGGCCAGAGCUGGCAGAGUUGGUGGCCGAAGAGCUGGCCUUCGCCAGGCAGCACGGCACGCGGGGUUUCCACUGGACGGGAGCUGGGUUUGCCCUUAAGGAUGGAACCUCGGACUUCUUCCUGGACAGGGCCCUGACCCGCUGCAGCUGCUCCAUCCACGCCGCCCGCCGCCUGCCCUGCCGCCACCUCUUCGCCGCGCGCCUCCUCACCGGGGCCGCCUUGUUCCACAUGGACCUGCUCAGGGAUUGCUGGGGGAGAGCCCCCGAGCCCUGACCCGUCGGGCCCCCGCCUGCCGCCCUCCGCCGCCAGGGCAGGAGGGCAUUCUUCGAUCCCAAAGAUAAUAGGGCUGAGGCCAAGGAGGCCGCCUCAGUCGCUCUGGCCACUUCCUGUGGCCUCCAGGGACCUCACCUCGGCCGUUUGCCUCUCUGGGUCCGAGGGGAAGCUGACAGUGGUGUCUGAGGUCCUCAAGGCACCGUGUGGAAGGUGGUGGUGGCUGGCACGGCUUCUGAGGGCCGCCCUCAGGAGAGACGAUGUGUGAUGAGACACGAUGUGUGAUGAGACACGAUGUGUGA